GCCCGACUGUCUUAAAGAGCCUCUUUCCCCUCAAUUGCUAUACCACCUCUGGGAAGCCCAUUCUGGUUGUGGGGAGUAUUGAACUCAUACCGCGCACACCUUAAGCAUUGAUUGUUCGUGAACAACAACAUGGAUGCGUCGUUCGUACAUGUUCUCGCCGAAUGGAAUCCGGCUUUGGGGCCGCCCAGCCUGCUUCGAGAGCCACAAACCGACUGGUUUGACCUCAAGCCCAGUCGCCGUAGGACACCAUCCAUAUGCUUCGACGUUCUCGUCAUGCUCUUUGACCUGCUCCACACGCGCCCGGACGUCUUCGCCCUUAUGUGCACUUGCAAGACCCUAUACGCCGCGGGGGCACGCCGCCUGCUCCAGUUUGAAGUGCUCAUCAAGAGCGAUCGCGCGCUGGUGUCUUUCGGGCACUUCAUGCUCGACGGAAUCUUGGGCCGCGCACCCCUCCAAAGCUUGCGGAGACUCGAACUUGAGAUCUGCCUGCUCCUCCGGAAGGACGAUCCAGACGAGAGCUCCAGCGAGUCGGAGUCGUCGCUCCUGGACGCGCAGCCAGACCUCGAGUAUGAAGCGGAUGCGCAGCUGUAUGAGGAGUAUCUCAAAGAGCGACUCCAAGGGAUGCCAUUCCUCGUCGAAAUCUUGCGCGGCGCCCCGCUGCUCAAGGUCCUGUCGAUUUUCGAGGCCGAAGAGCUCCUGGAGCGGGGCGAGGGCAUGGAGCUGGCCAGCGCCAUCGCCGGACUCCAGACGCUCCGUAGCCUGCGCAUACACUCCUUCGGCCUCCGCAGCCUCGCGCUGCUCCAGCGGAUCCGUGCGCCGCUCGUGGAGGUCGACAUCGACUACUGGUUUCCGUGCAGCCACUACUUCCGUCCAGACACCAUCGAGCUGCUGGCCCCGUUCUGCGACACGCUCGCGGUGGUCACCCUCUGGUGGACCGAGUUCGCCGCAGAGCCCGUCAAGCGGGAUUUGCGAACGACCCCGCAGUUCCCCCGGGUCCGCUCGCUGGUCGUGCGGGGGUUCCACGCGGGAUGCGACAUCGCGCUCCUCAUGCACCUCUUCCCCAACCUCGAACACCUCGAGAUGACGGAUCUGGAGGACUGGCCGGCGAUGGACCUGCAGGAGGUGCACGACACGAACAUGGACGUCCCCGCGGAGCACGUCUGGAAUCUGCUGCAGCACGUCUGCGGAGACCUCACCGCCCUGCACGUGCUCGGACUCAACAAGCACGUGGAGCGGGUCGACGUUGCGGACGUGCACCUGCUGCUCUGGGCUGCGUACCACCUCGACGAAGUGCUCGACGGGCUCCGGCCCUCCAAGCUGCUCAUGCGCGUCGGGUACAGCCUCGGCCCGUACGAAGACGUGGAGCACGAUGCCGAGCAGUUCUCGGAGCUCUUUUACUGGGAAGAUCACGUGAAGGAGGGCUUGACACACCUCGCUCUGGACGUUAGGGAUCGCUUUGCGCGGGAGCUCGGGGUCGACUUUGUGACGAUCAUCCUGGGGUUGCUACAAUCAUUGCCCGCGCUGGAGUUCUUCAUCCUCCGCGUGCGGCCCAACGCGCUCGCAGGCAGCCCAGAAGAAGACAAGCGGGCAGAGGCGCAGCAGGAACAGGGCAACGGCUCGGCGCUUGUGCAGGACUGGGACGCGUGUUUGCGCGAAUUCGCAGCCUCGUGCGGCCCGCUGGAGUUCAUCGCACUCGAUGUUGUGGGAAGGGAUCCGAGAUACGCGCGGGCGGUGGAAAACGAGGAGGGAUUCACUUUGGAGUAUCUCGACCCGGAGGAGGGGGCCGCGAUCAUUGAGGAGGAGGAUAUGCAGUGGUGUCGCCGCGUGCCUUUCCCCCAUCCAGCGCGACCUCGCUGGGGUCUUCAGGCUGGCGAAUGA